GACAUGAAAUCAAUGGCAAAAACAUACAACACCGGGUAUUCGCUAAUGGUCACCCACUUAACUACUAAUCCGGCGGUUAGUGGCUUAUUUAGGGGAGAGCAGACGGGAUCCCAAGUUCUCCACUACCUAUGGUCGUAUGUGCUAAGACUUGCAAAAUACAACAUUAUAUAUAUAAUAUGUGUAAUUCGCUAA